GACGGCGAGGUUCACCCCCUCACCACGUGCAGCUUCAGCAGCCCAACGAGAUGGUCCAGCAUGGGGAUUUCCCUCUUCUUCACCACUGAGUUCUCUCUUCUCUGACUACUAUAUAUUCAUCCAAGCAGAUCUCGUCGCGCUGGUGGAGAUGGCCGAAGCCGCGGAGUGCGAGGAGGAGCGGGACCUAUUUGCCGAUGCGAAUGACGACGUAGGGAUCGCUGGAUUGGAGGUCGCGGAUGGCGAGGUUCACCCCCCUCACCACGCGCAGCUUCAGCAGCCCGACGAGAUGGUCCAGCAUGGAAAUGAACUUCCAUCAGACUUGAUAGACACACUACUAAAGUGGAUCCCAAGCAAUGAUGAGGAGCUUAGGCUUCGACUGUCCUCCCGUAGCACCGCCACACCACACGCGUCCGUGGCAGCGUUCGCCUCGGCGCCGGUCUCGCACACCGCUCCCUGGCUGGGGAAGUUCAUCGCCUUCGAGCCCUUCAACGUGGGGGGAUUCGACUGGGCGAUCUACUUCUACCCCGAUGGGAAGAGCGGCGAGGAUGGUAUGUUGAAGUGACAUGCUCUGAACUGCUCUUGGCUUCAGGUAUGCUUAUCCAUGGUGGAAAGAAAAAGUGAUUGACUCAUACUUGAAAAGAAAAGAUGGCCUUUGCCCAUUGACGCCUGAGGUAAGCCAUCAAGUUUUCUAUUGUAUCAUCAUAGGUC